AUGACUCGGACAUUAGUAGCGCGAAACGGACGUUUCCGGGCAUUUCUAGUGACCACUUUAGUAGCAUCAGCUCUCUUAAGUGAUCCCUAGGAUCGCCCAGAACCGUCCGUUUCGCGUCACCAAUGUCCGAGGAGAUAUUUCAGGUUUUGUGAAACAGUUUUUUUCCGCUAAAUUUCAGAAAAUCAACAACUAUUUAUAAAACCGCUUCAAAUUGCUCUUUUGAUAACGACCUGGAAAGCUAAUAAUGUCUCAAACUCCCGUAAACUGUUUAAAUAAGUCGUUUUUUCGAUCGAAACCUAACAUAGCUUCGAAAACCGAGCUUCUCAAGUAAAUAGAAUAGACUAGAGGCUUCCCUUGGCCUUUCGAGAGCACAAUAUGACGGCACAAAGAGCGGUUGCGUCUUGUUUGUCUUUGUCUUUGCCGUAUCAAACAGUUCAAGAAGUAAAGUAAAGCUCAAAUAAACGUUUCGUCAGCGGCUCUUUUUUCUCCAACUCGGGGUGUUCCGCACAGAAAUGAGACGCCUUGAAACUCGAGAAACACAUUCUCCGAUGGCUUUUGCAGAUGUUCAUGGGUUCAAAAAGCGAAAAUCCUGUUGCUAAACUUGAAGGAUUGAAGAAUUUUUAUGAAAUAUAGGUCGAAAAUGUCAAUACUGUUGAAAAAGUCUACGUGAAAAAUGGAAAAACCCGAAAAGACGUAAGAAAAAAAGAGCUCAACGUCAGAACAGCUGUCCCUCUUGGUUCGGAACUUUUUUUCUGUGUUAGAAUGGGAACAAUGAACGACUAUGUCGGAAGUGAUGAGUAGAAUACGGAAAAAGAAGCUCAGAAAGUUUUUUUUGUAUUCUCUUUACAAGCUUACUGCUAAAAUUUAGUACCAUAAGGCUCAAAAUAAAGUUUUUUCUUAAGAAAAAAAAAAAACUUUUUAGCACUUUUAAGCGUUUCAAAGCCUUCCGGAAAUUCUAAACCCUAUUAGUAAGGUUUUUUUUUUCAUAACUACAAGUCAUAAAUUUUUCAGGCUUCCAAAAACCUUUUCACCAACUUGCCAAGAUCCUCUAGGACCUUGAAGACUUACGAAAAAUCGAAAAACCCCAUUCUUAGCCAGAAUUAGAAACUAAAGUACGUUAAAAGUCUCUUUUUGAACUUUUCUUGAAAACUUCAAAGCCAGAACUAACAGAUAAAAUCUUUACAUUUUUUUUUAAUCGAGAAAGAUUAUUUUUUCACUAUCAUGAAGCCAAAAAUAGAGAAACCUUGAACUCUAACAGGGGAAAAAGGGGAGAAGGAAGAGCAACUAGGCGGCUGGACGGCUGUGAGGCGCCGCCGCCGCCGUCGGAGAGGAGGUUGUAACGGACGGAAGAAUUCUCCGUCGGCUCUGCGCGCCACGGAGAACGAUCGGCCGCGCGCCCUUUUCCUCCUUUGUUUCUUUGGCCCCAAGGAGUUGUGA